AAACCUAAGAAACUGAAAAUAAUUAGAUAGCUUCUUGAAAUUUUCCGAUAUUCAUUGGCCGGGACGACAAUGAUUUACGACGUCAACUCGCCGCUGUUCCGAUCCUUUCCGAGCCAGAAGGGAGGUUCGUCCGAUAAAAGAAGCGUAUGGAUGAAGUCCUUGACCUGGCUCUAGCCAUCGAAAUGGUGGAAAGGGCAUCUAGGGUCGGGGGUAGAAGCCGGAGCCAACGGACAACAAUUGAUGAUUCUUAUCCAUGAUUGUUAAAUCUUUUACUCAUCUGUUCUGGAAUCGAUCUUUGUGAGUAAUAGCAUUAUUGACAUCAAUUUUGAUUUUAUCAAUUCAUUCUUUGUUUAAAAAAGUCUAUUUACUCAUUCUCGUUUCAACAUCAAUUUAGUUUCUUGUUUAUGUCAUUCAAUGAAAUUAAUGAUGAUAUGAAGAUUCGAUGUUUUAAAGUUUUGAAAAUACAAAUAAUUGUGGUAAUGAACUUGACUGAUGAGCUGUUUGAUCUUAAGAUCGAUUUGAAGAAGUGGGAUUUGGUGUUUAUGAUGUGCUGGGUUCCGAAUGGUUAAUUUAACUCACAGGUUGUGUCAUACGAGCGAAUGAAAUUGUGACAGGAACUCAAUGGAAUGAAAUCGUGUUUGUAAGGGUGUUCUUGUGAGUCAAACUAAAAAGGUCAAAAUUAGAAUUAUUGAUCUGUGAACGGUGUAAUCGGAUUUGAAGUACAAAUAUCAGAAGCGCAACUUUCAUCUGCCAUCGGAAAUUGACUUGAUGUUCUUAUGGGUUAAUGGGAAAGUCAAAAUUAUGUUAGCUGCGAACGUUUGGCUCGGAUAUGGCGUUGUGUUUGAUCGAUUUGGACGAAUGGGUUCGUUGUUGGAUACUUGACUUAUCUCAGAUUCUGAAUUGGGGGUCGACGGAUGCAGCUUGCUAAGGUGUGCCAAGGAGUGCGAGUAUGUCUCCAGCGGUGGCAGUGGUCGUUGUUUCUUGGAGUUGACUUUCGGAAUUGAGAUGGAAUGAUAACGGGGGUUGGGGGUUGGGGGAGAGUAAGACGAAGAAGAAGCAAUGAGAAAGAAAGAAAGAAAGAAAUGAUGAAUGCUAUUUUGAGGGGAAGUGAUGAUAAUGGCGAUGGAUUCCACAUGGUUGUUCUCCCUCAAUUUCGUGCUCUCAUGUUCGUAUACAUUAGGUGACAUCUGAUCUGGCAAAUGGGUUGGCUUUUUUUUAAUGAUGUGUACAAGAUAACUGGCUGAUUGUGAAAGGGGUGACCGGGUGACCCCUUCACUUUCUAGAAAAUGACCUUAAAAGCCGGUAAAAAGAGAAUUCAUGUCUUUAUAAAGCCAAAAAAUAACAAUAGGGACCUUUUAAACAAAAAUAUGAAAGUUCGUGGGACUACAGUGACAUUUUCCCUUUUCUUUAUUAUUAGAAGAAUCAUAUGUAUAUUAAGACAAACAAAGUGUAAUAAAUAUAAAAUAUAUCUUUUACAUAACUUAACAAAAUAUGAAAUAAUAUUUACCUUUGUUGAGAUUGUUGAUGGUAUCAAAUCAAUACAUGGUCUCCAUAAAGCUUGGUCCGACAACUCUCAUUAAUACUGAGAGAUUUUAGAUAAACAUUCAUAUUCAUCUUCGACUAUAUAAUGCUCUUCAUCAUUUGUUAGAAGCACCGUGUUGUUCUUAAUCGUGAGCGCAAUCUUAUAUCCAUUAUCAAUAUGUUUUUUGUCACUGCAGGAUUUAGUUACAAUAAAUCAAAUGAAAUGAAGUUCAAAACAAAAAAAUAUUAUAAAAAAGGUCAAAGCUAUUGUUCAAUUGCAUCCAAAUUCAUUCCUAUAAUGUUCACUGUUGUAAAUGUCUCAACAAAAUAAAUUGUUAUCUGCAUGGGUCUCACAAAUUAUAUUGUUGUUCAGUAACCACUUGCAUCAUAUAAAACCAUUGCUCAAACCGGAAGACAAAUGUAAGAAUGUAAAAUGAUUAAAAUGACUUUUGCUCAUACCUGACUUAUAAACUUUACUCGUCCAUAAUGGUUAGAUGUAACCUAUUUUACUAAACGGUUAUAUACUGUAAUUUUUAAAAUAAUCAUAUAGUAAAAAAUAAACACAAUGAACCCUACAUGACUCUCUCUAAUGUUCCAUCUCAUAUCUACCUAUUUAUUUAUUUUUUCCGUCGGGGUUAUUUCCAUGUUAAAUAUACCCCGAUGCAAAUUUCAAAGUUGGAGAGAGAUGGCUUGCAAAGACAUCUUUAAGAGUCCAUUUUAAUGAGUCAUAUAGGAGUAUUAUCAAAGCUACAUCAAUACUACAUUGUUUAAUGUUAUGAACAUUUUAUUGGUUACGAAAGUAAAUUAUCGAAGCUGCAUAGAUUUACCUCUUCGAUAGUUAAUUGAUUAGUUGACAGUAAGUUAGUUUGGUACAUGUUAGCAUUAGUCAAUAUGUUAGCUUGUUUUCUUCUUUGUAUAUAAUUAAGCUUUGUAUUUAGUCGUCAAUUAAUAAGAAAAUCAUAUUCAUUACUGUUGUUACAUCUUUAAUCAUCUUUUCUUUUCAUGGAAUAAAAAGUAAAGAACUUCAACAUAUAACAAAAUUGUUGUUCAUACAAUGUAAAUUGUUUGUCACAAAAAUAAGAUGUUGCAAAAUUUUAAAGAAUAUUAGAAGAUGAAAACUAUUGUAAUUUACAUGGACAUGUGUAUAAAAUAUAUAGUAAUAGAAGGUUUUUCUAUUAAAACAGUGUAAUUUUUUUUAAUUUUUCUAAUUUUUAUUUAUUUAUUUAUUUAUUUUUUGCAAAUUGAGACCAUUGCAAAAAACAGGGAUUAUAAUUCUUUGAUUGACAAAUAAUAAUUUUUUUUGACAAUUACUUUAAUUUUGUUUACAUGUGGUAUUUCAAUGUAAUACCCGUUCGUUGAGCGUGUUAACUUAACGGAUAAAUGAAUUACCAUUCAUUGUUUAUAUUAUGCAAUUGCAUACGCAACUGAUAAUACAUUACAUGUUUACAACUUCUUUUAAUAUUAACUUUUACAAUUUUGGUUAUCCCUUAUUAAAUAUAUUUUUUAUGAAAUCAUUUUACAAAAUUUUUAAAUUUUUUUAUGACUUUUUUUUUUUUUUUUUUUUUAAAAGUUAGCUUGUUUAAUUGGAUAGCUCCUUUAAUAUUAUUUCUUACAACGUUGUUUCUAGGAAGCAAAGCAAACGAUAAUUAAGGUUGUUUGCUAAUCUUUUCUUGCGUACCAAUUGUAGCAAUUUUUUUCAUAAAUUAAAACUAUAUACAUAAUAACUUAAACGGUAAACAAAUCAUGGCGAUUAGAAAUGUUCUUUUCUUCCAUCUAAAUUAAACAGAAAUUACAAUAGAGAAAAAUGUCAAAAAUAAUAGAUUAAUUAAAAAACUUAUUAAAAUUUUUGAUACCCUUUGCCUCCAUUGUGGUGAUUAUGAAACAUUGACAUAGAAGAUUUGCAUAGUAAUAUUUGUUGUGAUAUAUCGAAGCCUUAGGUAGGUGUUUUAGUAGCGAAUGUUGUUUCAAUAUCGAAGGUCUUCAUGACUUAGGUAGUGUAUGUAUUUUAUCAAACACAUUUAUGGAUUCGUUAUUAAUAUCAAAGUCCUGAUAUACUUUUUGUAUCCGUUGAGUAGACUAAUGUAGGUACCUAAGUCAUUUGUAACUUUUGCAACUUGUGCAUUAUACUUCAUUUCUCUCAAAUGUACUUAUACUCUCUCCGGAUGAAUAUGAGCUGAAACCAGAUUUUAUUUAUUUUUCUGUGUACAUUUGAACUCUGAUUUCAUUUUACGAUUGAUUAAACAUCUUUUCAAUUGGUAUCAGAGCAAGAAUAGACAUAUCGAUAUAAGAAUCUUUUUCGCUAUUUCAUUUUAUUGAAUCAUUUGUUCUGAUUCAAUCUUUAUGCAAGUGAAAACGUAAUUCUUUGAUAAAUCACUAUGAUUUAAUGAUUCUGCGAUCGUUAAUCAAUUGUUUGUAUAUGAUUUCUUUCCCUUCAAGUUUAUCCUCUUUCCAACUCGAUUUAAUGGCAAAUUUGAAUGUUAACACCAUGAUGAACUAUGCUAAUCUGCUUGGAUCUUCCACAAAUAUCCUGAUGUUGCUUCCUGAAUAUUACGAUUAGUGGGCAAAACAUCUGGAAGAGCUAUGCUAAUCUACUUGGAUCUUCCACAAAAUCCUGAUGUUGCUUCCUGAGUAUUACAAUCAGUGGGCAAAUUAUCUCAAUGGAAUUGAUGAGGAUUUGUGGAGAUCGAUUAAAACGGUACUUAUCGUGUUGACCGUCUUCAAGAAGUUUGGUACGACAGGUGAAGCAGAGUAUAUGAUUGCUCAAGGCAACAAGAAAAAAGGUAAUGACAAAUGAUGCAUUCGUGAGUUACAAGGAGCUUUACCAUUGGUCGUGUAUAACUACAUCUGUGGCUGCAAGACUACACAACAGAUCUGGAACACACUCAAGGAAAACUACCAAAGAAAUGAGUAAACUAAGAAAAUUUAGGUGAUUCAAUGCUUAUCGGAGUUAGCUGACUUCAAAGAAAAGGAAAAUGAAUCUAUCAAAGCAUAUUACGAUCGAUUCAAUGAGCUAAUUUACAAAUGAACCAGAUGUAAUGUUGUUCGUACCACUCUCGAGUUCAACAUAACUUUCAUUCUUGGGCUGAAAAAGGAAUGGAAGAAUAUUUAUUUGAUGAUCAAGACCCAAGAGAACUUCGAAACUCAUUCACUGUCGAAUCUCUACAACAUCCUUAAAGCUCAUGAGUCAGAGGCGAAAGAGAUUGCACAAGAAAAUAGCAAAUUGAGCUUUGGAGUUCCUUUGGCACUAGUCUCGAAAACCACUGGGAAGGAAGUGUGUUCUGAUGGUGAAGCAGAUGAGACUGAAGAAAGUCAUUUGAUGAAUUAUGAUGACGAAGUUGUGGACUGUUAUUCAAAUAAUAUGGUCAGGAAAUUUUAUAAGAAGCGAAUUGGUGGAAACUUCAAUAACAGAUCAGUUAAGAAGUCUUUAUCGAAUUUUGGUGUUGCUCAAAAGAGUGUCAAAACGGCUGAAGAGAAGAAAGAAGAAAAGAAGAUUAAGAAAAGGCUAAAACAAGAUUCUGGUUACAAUUGUAAUUAUUGUAAUAGACAUAAUCAUCUUACAAGGGAUUGCAUGUUGAAGAAGCAAGAGGAGAAGAAUGAGAAAGUGAAAGAAGAAGCUUACUAUGCAAUGAAAAUUGAAGAGCUUCAAGAAAAGUCAAAGAAUCUCUCUAUGGUGGCUAAGAAUUCAACUGUGGAAGAUGGCAUAUACCAGAUUUGGUCUUAUGGUUCUGAUGAUGAGGAGAUGCAUCAUCCGACGCAUGAAGUUAUGUAUGCAAAGCACUAUGGAGAUCAUUCUGAGGAGAAGAGCAUGUUCUAAGAGUUUAAGGAGAAGAGUGAAGAUGAGAGUGAAUAGGAAGAAUAGUUAAUUGAAGGAAGAUGUUUUGUGUCAACCACUUCAAAGUCACCCAUGAAUGAGAAGGUACAUGAUUUUAUUAUCUCUCUUAAUGUUCCUUUAAAUUCCUAUAAUACUAUUUUAUCUGAUUUUGAUGAAACAUGUUCUUACUUGAAUGAUAUGCUAAGUUCUAUGAGUAGUGAUUUGGAGAAUAAAGCUUUGUUUUAUGAAUCCAGGAAUAAUUUGGAGGAGAAAAAAACUAGGAUUGAGAGCCUAGAUUUGAAAAUUACUAAUAUCAUGAUUGAUAGAAAUUCCCUUAGAAUGGAUAAUAGUUUAUUGGUUAUACAACGGAACAUAUAUUGUAACACAUCUAAACGUUUGUAUGGGAAACUUACUAAUCUUUAUCAUUGAUCAUAUAUUUUUUAGGAACAACACCAUAAACUACUUCCUUUCAUUAAUUAUGAAUGCGAGUUAGUUGAUGAGAUUACAUAUGAUUGUGAGAGUAAGGCUGCUAAGUAUG